AUGGCAUCAUCUUCGAUUUUCGAUUCUUAUGCGAGUGAGUGUAGACGGCAAGUGGCUGAGGCAACGUCGCUAGAAGAAGUGGAGCGGAUGGUCGCGAGAUUGGAGCAGCUGGCUCGGUCGGGUCCACAGGCUGAGCGGUCAAGGCGGAUGGCCGUUGUAGGGGAGCUCAGGGCCUUGGUACGGCAAGCAAAGGGAGGGGUGGAAUCGACACAGCGUCUGGUGGCGUUGGGGGAGGCCUCCUCGUCUGCGCUGAAUCAGGCUAUACUCAAUACGGUAGAUACGGAGAGGACGGCUUUAGGGAUAACGAGUGAGCUGGCAAGGCAGCGACAGACUUUAAGCAGGGCUAAGGCUAAUGCUGACAUGCUCGAGGACGAUCUAUCAGUGGCUCGAGGGAGCGUACAGAGGAUGGAGAGCAAUGCCACGCAGUGUUGUGUGAUGUAG